AUGGUAGAAUCAUCCGCUCACUACUCAAAAUCUACCGAUGUCUUUACACUCUUAUCAUGGUUGAACAUUGAUCGUCUAGGUAAACGGGCUCUUCUCGAUGGAGCUAUCUGUUCCUUUGCUCUGCAUCUCACUGGUAAAACAACCUCCAACCCGGACUUGAUCGCACAGAGCAGAACUGUAUACGGGUUGGCUCUCAACGAGCUACAGGCUGCUUUACGACAUCCCGCGGAGUGGAAAGCGUCCGAGACGCUGUGCGCUGCUAUACUCCUGUGCUACUAUGAGUUAUUCGCAGGGACUGCUGCUCCCGAUACCUGGCUUCAACAUGCCAAAGGCAUUGGCGCUUUGAUCGAACAAAGGGGACCAGAAGCUCACGCCGAAGGCUGGGAUGCAGCUAUGCUUCUUUCGUGCCGUGCCAUUCUUAUUGUAGGCGACAUAUUCUGGCCUGGAAAGGACCAAUUGUUCCUGUCGCGGCCAGCGUGGAAGCAGGUCAUGUCUGAUGGCGGAAGGCAUCUCAUUUAUGCUGCUGACGCCCCGACAUCGCAUAUUCGUGUCGGCGAUGGCUUCCUCUCGAACCUCGCACAGCUCUCGCCCGUCUUGCACUCGGGCUAUCUCCUCCGCGAAGCUCACAAGGCUGGCAUCUCCGUCGAGUCCGAUAAAGUCUCCGCCCUGUCCCACCUCGCUGCGGUGAAUCAUGCGAGAUGGACGCAAUGGUACGACGAUUUCACAGCGCUUGAUUUCCCACCACCGAUCGAGGUCAUGCCUACAGACCCAGAAACUUCGCUAUUCCAGACCGUGCUGGUGUUCCAGUCACCGGCGGCCGGGUCGUUGCUAAUGGGGUACUGGGCCAGCAUGCUUGUUCUAGAAGAGACGCUGGUCCAGUGCGGAACACCCCGAGUGGACUCUCACUCAACCACUCGGUAUUUCGUGGAGCAGAUACUACGUUCGCUAGAGUCUGUAGGGCAAGGCACCAUGGGGCCGUACCGGGUUGGGUUUGCGGUGCGUAUUGUGUACGAGUUUGCUACUGGUGAAGAACAGCGAUGGAUUGCUUCUAUGCUGGAUAGGUUCUCACAGGGUUACGCUGCUAUUGACAAGAAAACAUACCCUGAGCCAAAGGAUGAUGUUAUCCAGCCAGUACAGACGAGCGUUCAGCCUGGUGUUAUAGGGUAG